AGCGGAAGCAGACGGUAUCCAUUUGUUUUGUUUACUGUAGCUCGAGCGAUAGUUAGCUGGACAAGCAAUGCUUAGUUUAUUCAAAUACAGCGUUAAAUUGCGUUUAUUUACUUAGAUAAAUAUUGUAUGUACGACCUUAACUUCACAAACCUCAACAGUCUUACUGUAGGAUCGCUUGAGGUCGAGAUGAUCGAGGUUGUGGCCUCCAUGGCCCGGGGGCCCGUGUUCCUGGCCGGGGAGCUCCUGGAGUGCCUCAUAACCUUCACUAACCCGAUGUCUCAUCUCUCCACCUCCGCCAGCAGCGAGAUGUUGGCAUGGGCCAGCACCCAAAUCCACUGCCAGUUUCACGCCAGUGAGAACAGAGUGGACCUGCCGGCCCAGGGCAAUAAACAGGAUGUCCAGGCCGACAGUGACACAGUGCUGAUUCCAAGCAGAGGAGAACGAGGGCAGUGUGUGCUGGACACACCUCCCAAGAUAUUAUUCUGCGAUCUGCGCCUUGACCCCGGAGAAAGUAAAACUUAUUCCUACAGCGAGGUGGUUCCUAUUGAUGGACCUCCUAGUUUUCGAGGUCAGGCAGUGAAGUACGUCUACAAACUGACCAUCGGCUGUCAACGAGUCAACUCUCCCAUCAAGUUGCUCCGAGUUCCCUUCAGAGUCUUGGUUCUGCAGGGAAUGCCAGACCCUCCGUUUCCUCAGGAUGAAGAAGUUUCUCCCUCCAACCCAUUUCUGGAGGAAGAGGAAGCAAGUCGCCGGGAUGCAACGACUUUGGAGAGAGCGCUGGACAUGUUGAUGGUCACCACCUCUAGACGAUGCCCCCACAUGUUUAACAUCACCAACACGCGAGGAAAAGUGGCGAAGUUCUGCAUCUUCAAGACUGUUUACAGACUCGGAGAGGACGUCAUUGGCACUUUCAACUUCUCCGAGGGAGACAUUCCCUGCCUGCAGUAUUCAGUCAGCCUUCAAAGCGAGGAGGAGAUCCAGCAGCAGUAUCAGCGGCGACCCGGACAGCCCAUCAGCGUGGCUGGACACGGGCGACACCUGGAGUCUUGCCUCCACACCGCCUCCAGCCACUUCUCCCUGCCCAUACCCCUCAACGUCACGCCAGGCUUCAGCACAGAGAUCGGUCAGUCUGCUGUCAUGGCUCUGAGGUGGCGCCUGCACUUUGAAUUUGUCACAGCCCGUGAGCCAAUGGAGCCUCCCGCCGUUCUGCAGAACCAAUCAGAGGUCACCGUCUGGGCUGGGGCGGAAGACGUCGAUGUGGACACCUUCAGUUGGAACCUGCCCAUCAAAGUGCUGCCCACAAACCCAGCGUUAGCGUCCUACAUGUCCCAGUUUACCGGGACCAACAGCAUCAAUAUCUGACCACUAGAGCUACACAGUUUUAAGGAUUUGUGUGUGUGUGUGUGUGUGUGUGUGUGUGUGUGUGUGUGUGUGUGUGUGUGUGUGUGUGUGUGUGUAAGAAAUACACAUGUAGAGUGGGUAGAUUCAAUUUGUAUGGAAACACAAUGUAUAUGAGACUGUUUUGGAAUUUUAAAAUGUUGUUGAACAUUCUUUUAGAAAAAUGUAACUCUUCUUUUUGUGGUUAUUUCAGAACUGCUCUAUGCAUGAACAGUUGUUAUUUUUAUUAUUUGAAGCUAGCAUUACUUAUGCAGGAUGUUUUCUCUGUAUAAGAGCUUUUUUUUUUGAGCACAAGAAAAUAUAAAGUAUGACCUCAAA